AUUUCAUGUAUCGCGCAACUGCGAGAAACAUGCGAUUUCUGCUUUCUGAUUGCCACUGAAUUUGAGGUUAUGUAUCUAUCAGUGCCGGUAGAAAGGGUUAUACAUAACAGUAGCAUGUUGCGAAACGAAUGAUGAACAAGCUGCUAUCUACUUCGAUUAAAGACGUUAGUCAGAAGAUUUAUAGCGGUGCCGUGCGACCAUCCGAAAUCUGCGAGGCCUCCAUCAAGUUGACUUCAAUUGUCAAGCCUCUAAACGCUUAUAUCACUGUGACAAGCGAUGUUGCGGAAGAGCAAGCAAAUGCCGCCGAUAACAGACAACGACAAAAUUCAUUAUUGGGACAACUCGAUGGCAUUCCCAUCGCCAUUAAGGAUAACUAUUGCGUUAAGGGUAAACCUACAACCUGCGCUUCUCGAAUGUUGGCCAACUUUUCCCCGGGUUAUGACGCUACAGUUUACGAAAAGCUCAGGGCGCAGGGAGCCGUUUUGAUCGGCAAGACUAAUCUCGAUGAGUUCGCCAUGGGCUCCGGUACUGUAGAUUCGUUCUACGGGCCAACGAGGAAUUUAUGGGGCUCGGAAGUGCUGUCUCAAUUUUAUUCAUACAAAUCUGACAAAGAUUCACAGAUUACCACAAGGGAAUCUGUGCAUGAAAAAGAUACAUGGCAUAUAGCAGGUGGCAGUAGUGGAGGUUCGGCAGUUGCAGUAGCCACAGGUACCUGCUAUGCAGCCUUAGGCUCUGACACUGGUGGUUCCACUCGUAAUCCCGCAUCCUAUUGUGGUCUAAUUGGCUUGAAACCAACUUAUGGUUUGAUAUCACGUUAUGGUCUUAUUCCUUUGUUAAAUUCAAUGGAUGUGCCUGGUAUUUUCACGAGAACAGUAGACGAUGCUGUAUUAAUUUUGAAUGCUAUAGCUGGUCCUGACCAGGCGGAUUCCACCACUAUACAAAAAGAAUAUGUUCCAAUUCAUUUAUCCGAAACGAUAGAUAUUAGUAAUCUUAGAAUUGGGAUACCAAAAGAAUACGGAGUGGAAGGCAUAAGUGAGGAGAUUCAAGAAUGUUGGAACGAUGUCUCUCAUCUUUUAGAAGAAGCGGGAGCUAAUGUAGUUCCAGUAUCAUUACCUCAUACUGACUACUCCAUAGUAUGUUAUUCUGUUUUAAAUCGAUGUGAUGUAGCUAGCAACUUGGCUUGUUACGAUGGCAUAGAAUACGGUCAUAGAGCUGAUGAAUGGAAUUCGGCUGACGAAUUAUACAAGAAGACUAGAUCGGAAGGUUUUAACGGUGUGGUCAAAAGUCGUAUAUUAGUUGGGAAUUAUUUUCUCUUAGCGGAAAAUUAUGAAGAAUAUUAUAUGAAAGCGAUGAAAGUACGAAGAUUAAUUACACAAGAUUUUGACAUUUUGUGGAAUAAUAAUAUAGAUCUUUUGCUGACUCCGACUACAUUAACUGAAGCUCCGAGGUACAAUGAAUUUAUACAGCUAGACAAUCAAACACAGUGCUUGAUUCAAGAUCACUGUACACAACCUGCAAACAUGGCUGGUUUGCCUGCGCUCAACGUGCCAAUCAAAUUGUCUCGCGGAGGACUACCCUUAUCUUUGCAGUUAAUGGCACCGCUCUUUCAUGAACAUAGACUAUUUACUUUGGCAAAGUGGAUUGAACAAAUAGUGCAAUUUCCAAAACUCAAAUUGAAAGAUUCAUGUCUGCUCAAAUAAAAUAGCUUUUUACGGA